AACGUACCCAGACUAUUGAAGGUUACCGCCAUUACCGAAAAAGCUGUGCCCGAAGCUGUGUUGUGCAUGGUAGACUACGGCCAAAGAAAGGAGCAAUCAUACGCAAUCCUUUUCACCACACAAAUCUCGCAUUGGUGUGCUCAGCCCGCCCCCGGGGUGUAGAAUUAGUUGCGUCGUUUCGGUCGUAUGUCAUUUUCAGCGUUCACCUGUGGCACACUAGAGGGCGCUCGACGCCCAGCGUCCCCGAGCGAUUUGAUAUGUUUAGUAGACAAAAGGAUGCUCAACUGAUGUAACGCUUAGCGCACGCCACAACCUCAACUUCAACAGUUGAGCGUCGGGUUAUGGGAUGCAGGUCCUUGGCGAACUAAUUGACGGUUACGCUGUUUGUACCGCUUUGCUGGUUAUCAUUAACCGUACCGAAGUGCUACCAAAGGCUAACCGAUUAAAAAGCGGAGGGCUAACCACCCCUAUGUGCAUCCGGAGCGCUUUCCGGAAACACGUUUGGCUUCGAUUCUAUUGUCCCCGGCAAUGGGGGGGAAGCCUCAUCGCGCCGGUCGAAAAAUAAUGAGCUGCGCAAGAGAGCCCUCUCGUAGAGGAAGCCAUUCAUUAUGCAUCGUUCAGCUGCUAAACAGCCCCAACCACACGGCCGAUCCAAACAGCACACAGUCGGUGUGGCGAUAGUGCUUCAACUGAUAGCGAUAUCGGUGCGGGUUAGGCGCGUGGCGCAGUCCGUAAGAAUGGGUGAACAAACCUGAGCAGCAACGGAUGGACAACGAGGCGGAGGUGCUAAUUGUACGGCACCGUGGUUUCGAUUGAAGCGAACGCUUUUUUUUUUUAUUGAUUGUGGGUUUGAUUUACUCCAAUCUCGGUGCUAAUUAUAAACAGUUGAUACGAUAAUUUAAUCACCGUACACCUGAAACCACAGCACUGGUCUGGGUGAUGCGUCAACAGCUCUGUAUUAUGUUGGUUUUGCUGUUGAAUGGCGGCAGGUUUAUUCAAUCUACCGGUGGUGGGUGGUUCAUUUACACGCUCAUCUACAACGGCCUGAUUAAUGCGUUCAGAAGUUUUUACCUGGAAGCCCUAUUCAUUAGGUGCGUUUUUAAUGGGUUUUGAUGGGUAGAAUUUUGUUUUAGAAUGUGGUCGCUGCCUCGAUUAGUCGUUCUAGGAAACACUGUACUUGUGAGUUGUUUUAUCGAUAAUGAUUUUGACUUUGCUAUGGUUUUAGAUAGUGAUCUGAACUUUUUGAUUCACGGCGAGAAAAUAUAGUUUCAAUGGUCCACUUGGACAUGCUUGGAUUUGGACUCGUAUACCGAUGAAUUCAAGAUGACAUCCAUUCUAGAUACUUCGAAUUUUGGUUCAAGUUGCUUUGGCUAAUCUUCACUGGACCAAUUGACUUGGGACUUGGGGGUCCUUGGGACUUGGGAUUAACCUUCUUCUUCUUCUUCUUCUUCCUUGGCACCUCGAGAGGUUUCGGCCUGCCACCCGCAGUAAUGUAGUCAGCCCUACGUACGGACCAGCCCUACGUAGGAUUGACCAGGUUCUGUUUGUGGCCGAAUGCCUAAGAGCUGAUAUAGGAUUCUCCAAGGUUGUUGCCCAGCGUUCCUGUCCUAAAACUUCGAUUCUCAACCCGACUCAUCAGCAACUGAUUGCUAUCAUUUGUUCAAGAUUUCAUUAGACCGACAACUCUUGGAAUGCUCCCGGGUCUUCAACGCCCCAAACAACAGGCAAUCAAUUUCCGUCUUCGGAAAUCACUUUCCGCGGUUUGCAUGCAAUCGUCGGCAAACAACGUAACGCGGUUUGAUAUUUCUUCGCUUACUACUGGAAAACAAUCCGUUCCUAGCUCAUUGUACCCGUGCAAGCGGACGGUUUGAGCGGACAAACCCCCAGCAAAGUGUUUGCGGGUGGGAUGGGCGUAUGGAAAGAAGCGACCGUAACAACCACGCCCGGUGGCAUUUAUUAUCCUGGUUACACAUUACGAUAAAUCAUGAUAAAAAUCUUACAUACAUACGGGAGCGAGAUAAGCUACUCAAGAGGGGAUAUAAAAAAUAGAAACCACCAGCCACACCGCAUCCAAAAUAAAGAUAUAGCAGCCAACGUAAGAUUAAUUAUAGCUUGCCCUCUCACUCGCCCGCUCACUGCUCCGUUUGCUCCGUGUUGCAGUGUUUAUGAGCCACUAUACCGUGACAGACGUCUCCUCGAUAGGCCUGCACACCGUGUUUUACGACGACGAUCAAGUGGGAAGUGUCAUGGGACAUGUUAGAGGGCGCGAAAAGGGAAAGUGUAUGCGUGUGUGUGUGUGUGUCGGGGGCACAAAGUUUCGGUGUGUAAAUUAUAGCGAACAGACUGCCGAAAUAAUGCCGAGCCCUCUGUCAUGUCUUGUGUGUGAACACACGUGUGUAAAGUUGUGGCGGAGAAAAAAUGGAUCGUACCAUAGGGACGUCCUAUCGGUCUGUUAUCUAGCAUUAUUUACCUGUGUGUGUGUGUGUUGUUUUUCUUUUUUUCCCUCUCGUUUGUACUUUGUACGGUCUUCUUCGCUUUUCCCAUUGGCCUACGCUUUAGCUAGUCUUCUUCCGAGCGCCUUAGCAUGAACCUAGUUGCUAUGGAGGAGGGCGCCCAACCAGUGCUGCCUUUUUAAAGCCGUGCAAUCAGCUCGCUACCAGUGUGUUGCUGAUUCGCGGUAAUCUUCCUCCCCGUGGAGCGUGGAGACCAAAUUUCGGGUGCGACAUAUUGAAAUAAACAUGGUCGCGGCAAGGGUCGCGCGCUCGGUACAUUAUACGGGCUUUCGGGAACUAUGCCGCGUAUGCUCGAUGCCGACUCGCAGAUACUUUACUACCGGCUGUUGCAAAGCCUAUCGCAAAUGUCGAACCCCUUUAGCAUGUGUCUGUGUGUAUGUGUAUGUGUGUGACAGACGCUUCAAAGUAUCUUUUGUCUGGGGCCAACCUUAUCUCGCAGGAUACAGUGAGAGUUUUGCCGAAGAUUAUAGACGACGCAGCACGUCACGUACAAGGAAGGUUUGAUUGGUCCGCUCAUCUUACACCGAACCCCCUUUCGGAACAACAAUAAAUGCACCCCUUUGCAUGUCCUUUCGCCAACUGCCAGGCACAUAAAUACAUUCAACAUCCAUACACGCACACACGCCCCACGAAACGAUGCAGUUCGAUCUGGUUGCGAUAAAGAAAAUUGGAAAGUAAUAUUGAAAGGGAGAAAAGGCGCGAAAGCAAAAAGCGCCAAAGCGAUCUCCACCGGACCAGUAUUCCGUGGGGUCUGGUACCAUCUGGCAAACCUGCCUUUCCGAACGGCGCGGAUAAAUAGCCCGCAAAUCCUGACACUGUUUUCCGAUUGAGCAGCGAGCUUCGAAGCUAAGCCGGUUGGCUGUCAUCAGCCCGAACCCGGCUGGAAUCCCCGGUUCGUGCUCACUAAAUGAGCUAGAUUUACGAGACUAGCAAAACGGGAGGGCUAUCAGUCGCGACAUUUGCGACGCCAGGAUCCGGUGUUGGUGAUUUGAUCUUUCUCUCCAGUGUCAUCGGUUUCAGCGCCGGGUUUUAGGUUGCCAGCCCUGAGAGUUUACCCAAAACCCGGCGAAUGGUUCAGGACCCCGGACGACCCGUUGUUAAGUUGUUUGAGCGGUCCUCGCAAAAACCAUCGGGACCAGUGAGAGAGAGAGAGAGAGAGAGAGAGAGAGAGAGACGGAGGAUACAAAACGGCUAGCAAAGUGUUUAAAAAUGAAAACUUUUGCUGCCCAUACUGCCCCGUGCUGCGCUUGUGACAACUUCAAUGGAACUUAAGGGUAAAGAUAUCGUAAGAUAUUGCCCGAAGGCUCGUAGUACCCGCCGGGACCUGGAGGUCCGGUUGGUCCAUGAUUAAAUUGGACUUGAAAGGCCAAUCCAUGGUGGCAUGCUUCCGACCCUUUUUUUUGGCUGUUGCCUGCUCUAUUCUUCUGUUAUCAAGAGCAAGAGGAGAGAAAAACCCUCCCGAAACGGUAGGACACAAACAAAUGUGAUAAGCAUCUAGUUUUUAGCAAAUUAAGACAUCCUUGCGGUUUCUGGCAGACCUGACCGAUCUGUUCAUCAACUUUUAUCUACUUCAACCUAAAUUGGGGGCCCCCGGGUUUACCUCGGCAUCACAAAAAGCCGCAGGAAUCGUGUGACCCACCUUGUGAGCCAUACGUCAUGUGCGCGCCAGGACGCGUUGUGGACAAAGGCGGUGGAGGUAGCUUCCACACAAAAGGACAUCAUUUAAUGGGUGCUCGAGCAUCCCCUCUCUGGCGGGUACGGGAAGAUGCAGAAGGGGAACAGAAUCCAUUUCUGUUUAUUUAUUAGCAUCGUUUCGGGCGCAUUACAUCCCAAGAGGAUCCUUCGGGAGUUGGGUGAUUGUCCCAAGCGCGGGGAGGGGACGAGCAGAGGAAGGGAUUGCGGAAAGGGCCUUCUGACAUUAACCCGAUACCCAGAACGGUCUGGCCCCGGUGGGGCCCGGCAAGACAAAGUGAUGAGUGGCAUUAGGGCCUCGUCACCUACCGUCUAAUGGAGGCGUGCAGCUACAUUCUUUACCGACGAGGCCCGGUUUGGGACACCGUGUUUUCUUCUGAUACCGUCUCGGGCGAGUGUAUCCCACCCAGGCACACACUAUUGGCACAUUCUAGCGAUAGCAAAACUUUGCCAGCUUCUGUUUGUAUUUCUUUUCGGUCUGGUUAGACGGGACGGGUUCCAACACAUUCAUGGUUGAGGCUAUGAACUUACCCGAUGGCAAUGAAGACUUUGAUGACUUCAUGCGGUUCGCGUGAGCCAGGCUUCUGGAAAUUCACAACAAAGACGCACACAAACACACACGCGUGACCAACAAUCUAGAUAGCAGUGAGGACCGUUUGAGCACAGGCACAUCAUUAUUGGGUGAAAAUAAAACAAACAGAGAUAUAGAGCUGUAUGCGUUAUGUUUGGUUGCCUUCCUCCUUCCUUGCAUCAUCUUCGGCCGAGCUGACAAAUGAGACGUGGCACGGGUCGGCAGCAUAUGCUGGUUGAGUGACGGCAUCCGAACAUCACUCAAACUACUGCUGCUACCACCACACAUAGCAGCGUAGAAGACAAGCACCCACCGCAACCUUACGGGCGCAGCGUGGAAAACAUAAACCACUAAGCGGAACAUUAAUCAAUUACCUAUUAAACUCCGGACGUUUGGCAGGCGGACUCCCUUUUAUUGGCAGCAACUUCUGUACGCUGGUUUGAAGGCAGCGUAGGGGCAGCGUUAGUGUUUGACAUCCUUUCUUCCAUACACAUCCUCCGUAAACAAUGUUUCGCGCUCGCUCGGUGUGCGUGUGGAGCAGUAUGUGCAAGACAAAUCGACGGUCUUGCCAAUGUCGACAGCUGUGUUCCUGCUGCUGGAAGUCAACCAGAUGAGCGGCGGUUUUUUUUUUCUGUUGCAAGGAUGGUUUGUGGUCGUCCACCGACCAGCACUUGAUGAAGUUCGGUACACGUGUGUCACGUUUUAAAACGAACAACUUUAUCCUCUCCCAGGCAUGUGGUGUGUGUGUGCUGUGGGAUCCUGUGUACAUUCCUGAAGUACUUUCCAUUGUUUCGUUUGCGGUAAGAAGUAGUCAUCUUGGUCGUUGCCGUCCUCGUUGACGUCGAGUUGCUUCUGGACGAGUAGCAGACGGGCCGCGGUUUGGGCGCGUGAGAAUGACCGAAGGCCCUUUCGUGUACGGCAUCGAGCUAAGGGAUCCACCAACUGCGCCCACCGACAUCAGCCAGUACGAUCUGCUGUUCGGUCCCGGGAGCCUUCUGCAUCAACACCACCACCAGCAGCACCAACCGAACCGCUACAGUAUGGCGGAAGAUGGCGACCAGUACCAGUACGGUACGAACCUGUCGCUAGCGCUCGGUGAUGUGCUGCUCGAGAACAUCUCGGCCGCCAUUGCCGGGACGCACAAUCUGAGCGGUGACUUUGGCAGUACGGCCAUCAGUUUGCCACCGGGCACGGGACAUCACGGCGGUGGACACCGGGGCGGUGACAGUUCCUUUCAGAAUCAGCUCAUCAUCCCGCUGUACGCCAUCAUCUUUCUGCUGUCGGUCGUCGGCAAUCUGUUGGUGAUUUUAACGCUCGCACAAAACAAACGAAUGCGCACGGUGACCAACGUUUACCUGCUGAACUUGGCAAUUUCCGACCUGCUGCUCGGUGUGUUCUGCAUGCCGUUCACCCUCGCCGGUCAGGUGCUGCGGCGGUUCGUCUUCGGAAGUGUCAUGUGCAAAUUAAUACCAUAUUUUCAAGCUGUAUCGGUGUCGGUGGCCGUGUGGACACUGGUAGCCAUCUCGCUCGAGCGCUACUUUGCUAUCUGUCGGCCCCUGUCGUCCCGGCGCUGGCAGACUCAGUUCCACGCGUACAAGAUGAUCGGGCUCGUCUGGACGGUAAGCUUUCUGGCAAACUCGCCCCUGUGCUACGUGCAGCGUUUGCAACCGGUCGGGCGUACCACCGGCCAGAUGAAGUGUCGCGAGGUGUGGCCGGACCGGGUGUGGGAGAAAGCGUACGUGCUGUUCCAUGAUGUGGGCCUACUGUUUCUGCCCCUGCUGACGAUGGGUUUCGCCUAUUCGAUGAUAGUGUCGAAGCUGUGGCGGGGCCUUCGUCACGAAAUUAAACAUUCGUCACUGUACCAGCAAACGAGCAAACCGGGCGGCCAGGGUCCGGUUGGUGGGUGUGGAGCUGCGGUCGGAAGCACUUGUCCGGGUGCGGGUGGAGCUGGCGUGAUUGUCGGUGGUGAGCAACAUUCGCAUCCUGCCGCUGCUGGCGCUGGUGCCUGUACGGGAGGCGGACUGGAAGCUGUUGGUAAGCCGUUGAAGGGAAAACGGUUCGAGGCAGGGUUCGUCCUAACGUCGAGCCUGAAAAAGGGACCCUUCAAAACGUCAACAGCCGUCGUAAACUUCGCCAGUAACAACAAUACGAUCGGCAAGGGAAACUUCAACAGUGGCGGUGGAGGUGGCUCAAACUGUGGCAGCAACACUACCAAUGGGGCCGGCACCAGCGGCAACCCUAGCAGCAGUGGAGUGAGUAAUGGCAGUAACGCGGGCAGUAACGGUUCAGGCAGUACCAACGGUGCGGACCGAACACUCUACUGUGGAGGUGUUGGCUGCGAGGGUCGAACCGGACGCCUUCGAGGUUUCUGCCACUUCUUUGCCAAGCAUCAGCAGCACGGUGGACUCUGCCGGAAUCAUCGGUACCAUCUUAGCAGCAGUACUUCGCCGGAAGGUCUGCCCGAGCUGGCGGAAACGAAGUUUGACGAAACGCCCACGCACCAGCAACACCAGCAUCCGUACCACCAUCACUGCCAUCAUGGGCACGGUUACCACCAUCACCAUCACCACCGGAUGCCGACCACCAUCGUGAAGAGCACGCAGCAGGACGCAAAGCACGAGAUCGUCCUGAGCACGGGCGAACCCGGCACGCUCGAAACCGGUGGCGACGAUGGUGGGAUGCUUCCGGGCGCUGGCACCAACAACGCGGGCACACCGAACGUGUCGACCGGCAACGCAGCCACCACGGCAACCGGUGACGAUGCCAAGUCGGACGCGAGCUACCAGUUUUCGCGGCAUGCCAUCCGCUCCACCUACAUGGACAAGAGCAUCGAAGCGAAGAAGAAGGUUAUACGGAUGCUGUUCGUGAUAAUCGUCGAGUUCUUUGUCUGCUGGGCACCGCUCCACAUACUCAAUACGGUCUAUCUGUACUCGCCGUCCUUCGUCUACCAGUACGUGAACAGCAGCGGUAUCGCUCUGGUGCAGCUGAUGGCGUACAUCAGCUCGUGCUGCAAUCCCAUCACGUACUGCUUCAUGAACCGACGGUUCCGGCAGGCAUUCCUCGGCAUCUUCAACUGCUACCGUAGCCGCAUGCCAAUCUGCUGCUGUUUCUGCUGCACGUCGAAGAGCGGCCCGAUGGACGGGGUGGAGUCGAAGGCUGCCGCCUAUCUGCGCCAGAACACCAUCAACCAGUCCGGUGCGGAGCGCAACAACUCAGACAUGUCCGGUAAUGAUUCCCUGGUAUACGUCGGGCGUGGACUCGUACAGCGUUCCGAGAUAUUGAUUCUGGAAUCCGAGGAUCGGGUUUAGCACCGGUUCCGAUCACGUGAACAGCUCCGUUUCGAUUGUAAACUCGAUCAGCAGUGCGAGAAUUGCGCAGAUCAUCGAGACGGACCCGGAUGACGAUUCGUUUCGGUUGCGUAUCACGUGGUCAAAGCCCACCUCGGCUAACUACUCAAAGACUGCAGGCGGUUGUGAUAGCGAGCGCUACUCGUAGACACCCGAGUCAACUACUAACUGGGGGACGAGGAAGGAAGAAAAACGGGCAACGGAGGGCAGCGGAUGUGACCGGGACGGGAGUGUUUUGCACGUGCGACAGCCGCGUACAUGGCCGAGCGUCCGGGACCAAACGUGUCAGCGUGUGUGCGACUGGCCGCCGCCGGUCCGGGUUGGCAACUGAUCCGCGACCAGAUGAACGCCAUUAUGCGCUAGCUAAUAAUGCGAAAAAGGUGUUCCCCGGUCGGGACCCUUUUAUUCUUUCAACGCAACGAUCCACAUCUACAUUUCACGUGGAGUGAGCUCCUGUCCCGUUUCUCUAGUCUCUCGCCUAGUCGUAAUGUAGCCGUCUCACGUAGUCGUUUAGAUGUGUAAUAUGAUUGAAGUGAAAUCAAUGUCUAACGUUUGGCUCCGGACUCUCUCUCUCUCUCUCUCCCUCCCUCUCUUUCCCUCCUUGCACCGGAACGGCUUGUAGUUUAUCGUUUUUGAUCGGGGCCGUAUCGAAGUAGUUAAGGGCCGAAAGGACGGAACGCUUAAAGGCAUUAGAGUGAUCCGGGAAGUUUUGUUUUCCGGGAAGACAAUAUAUGAAAAAGGGGAUCCACUCAUACGGAUCCAUACGGAGCUGUGAGACUGCACUCUGAAGGGGAAAAAAAGGUAGAACGAUUGCUCUUCUUUCGGUUCGCUUCCCACCCAACACCAUCCGUCUAACCCUUGCAAACGGCGCAUUUUCCGUGCCAUCAAUCGUUCCCAAUUUUUUUUUCCGCCAGCGAGGUCAGCACUUUGUUUGUUUUUCCACACACACAAGAAAAAUCCAUUUCAGCGAAAUGGUACGGUUCGGAAGUUCGGAAAAUUGAUAAAUACUUUUACAGAUGACUGUCGAUUCGCAUCCCUUUCGGUUUCCGGUAAUCGUAACAGGCGCUGGCCCACCUGCCAUCCGUAGCCCCGUCACUGACGGUACGGACGGAUGGAUCUAAUAAGCGUGAUUGGAUCGCCCCCACUCCUCCUGUACAUAUAUUGGUGUCCCGGUUUGUGAGGCGAUGUGUGAGAGCAAAAGAUUUAGCUAAGUCCUAGCUAACCCGGCAAGUGUGUAAUUGCAAUAUAUUCACCAGAGAGAUAACUUCUCUUUUGCCUCUUUUUGUCCACACACACACAGUUGGAGAAACCCGAUAAAAUCCCUGAUAAUCUCAUGCGAACUUUGAAUAUCCCUUCUUCCCGUGCGAGGGCAAAUGCUGUCCAUUUCCUGCCAGUUGCGUGGAAGCAAUAAUGAUAGUAGCCACCAGUAAAAGUAGUAACUCACCAGCAACCAUUGUAUGUGUGUGUUCGUAUGCAAAACGGUGCAGAUCUUGGGAGAGGGAAAAAGUCUCCCCCGAAAAAACAUUCAAGUUGGGAUUAGAACAAAGGAACGCAGCUACCCAUCCGGGACAAAGUUUUGCGAUUAUACAUGUUGGCUGUUUGCACCGGAGGGCAUAAGCGCUAUGAAUAUGUCACACGGCCCGCAUACCCUAGUCUAGUUCAGGGUUUGGUGUAAUGUCCGGACUUUGGUGGUGUAAUGUUAGCCCAGGACUAAAAAUCUGCACACACGUCCGGUGUGCUAAAAAUGGCGCCACAAACUAAUGCUGGAAACGUUACGUUGAGUUGGGUAACGAGAUUUGAGCGGAUUUGAUUUAAUGUGUGCCUAUAGCUUGGGCCGAACGUUCCUUCCAAUCUCUGGACCAAACUUCUCGGCCACAGGCGUACCGGAUCACUAACAACGAAAAAAUAAACCAAGAAGAAAACCUUCCCCUCGCCCCCCCCGGUAAUAGAAUCGAUUGCAAAACUGUGCACGACAUUUUUUGUUGUUGCUUUCUCUAUCUUUCCGCUUUUCAACAACCAUCUUUCAGCCACGCUACGCCGGAUUUCCCAUUCGUUAGGGUUAGGGAAAUCGGGCAAAUGUCUCCGAAUUCGCUUAUCAGUUUGUUUGUCAUUCCGAGCAUUCCGGCGCGGAGGAGUCAGAUUACGAUCACAAUCGUGGCACCGUGGCCACGGCACCCGAGGUGCUGGUUGUUGAUUAGGUUGACUCGCUUGCUGGGCCUCAACUUCUUUUGGCCCAGAACGAGUCGAAUCGAGUGAGCGAUGAAAAAAAAUACACGAUGUUAUGCGAGACAGAAUGGGAUCUAGCUCUCGUCGUAUCUAUAUUUAGGCGCAUCCAGUUUUUCCCCCCGAUCGGUGUGAUCUUUACGUGUACGUAUGUUUAAUGGAUAAUGGCGCCGCCCGGAAACCGAAACUUCCACCAGGGGCGUCAAACAUUUAAAGCUAUUGAGAGGAAAAGCGAAAACACAAACGAAUUCUACAACAAGCAAAAAUAGCUCUCAAACAGAAACUAUAAAUAAGAAUGGAUAAAAUUUUAUUGUUACUGUAAUUACAAGGAUAUAUCAGAAAUAUAUUUAAAUAUUUCAUGACACAUGUUGCCAAAAUGUGGAGAAAAAAAAGGAUUCAAAACAAAGCAAAACAAA